AUGGUAGCGCCAAUCUGCAUCUGCCCUGUUGAGGCAAGGCUGAUUACUUGGUAUCGUGGAGAGACUGCCAAUCGUCGUGAGCGUCAGGCGCAACAUCAUGUCAUGAGACCAAGGAUCGGUUUAUCCUGCAUGCCCUGCCCCCCUAUCAGACGAGACACAGAAGUCAGAUUUUGCAGCGACGGGGAGGAGGACGGCGAUGAGGAGGAGAAUGCCGGCGAGGUUGAGGCCGAUCGCAAUGACUCUGAUGGUAGUCAUGGUAUCGGCGACGGCACCAACAUCGACGAGACCCCUGAUACCCGCGACGUGGUCGUAAUCGACGACGAGAGCGAUAUCGACAUUCAAGACAACACCGAUAUACCAAAUCACACGCCUCGGAGCUACGAGAACGAGGAUACCCAUGAACCCGUGACCAACACUCGGGACGAGUUCGACAUUCAGGACUGUAUCAUCGUCGCCAAUCCCUCAAACCUCGGCGGUCUCAAGACAUACAUCGCACUCGCAGUUUAA